CUGAAACGUGCGCCGGUAGAGGGAUUUUCAGCGGGUCUUCGAGGUGAUGCGGAAGACAUCUACAAAUGGGAAGUUGUGGUACUUGGACCACCGGAUACUCCCUACGAAGGUGGCGUGUUUCGCGCGACACUCGAUUUCCCGACGGAUUAUCCACAACGGCCACCAAAAAUGCGAUUCGUCUCCAAAAUCUGGCAUCCAAACAGUGCGUCUUCUGGAUAA